AUGUAUGACUUGGUAGUUUCAGAGCUUUCUUCAGCAAAAAGGUUUUUGAGUUCACCGUACAUCUGUAAACUUGAAGCGGCUCUUCUUCCAACAGGAUGUGAGCUUCUUGGAGUGAACCCAACUGACCCUGUCACUGUCGUUCUUGAGACUGAUGGAACCAUAGUCGAGGAUCAAGCCUACUUUUUGUGUUUACCUUUAAACACAAAGUUCAUGUUGCUGCAUGACAAAGAGACAUGGGCUCCAGCUCGAACAAUUGAUGGUGGCACGGCUUGGAUGGCAAGAGAGUCUUUGAUUCUGGAAGUAGAUGCUGUCGACUCCUCCGCUGUUACACCACCGUGGUGGAAUCUGGCGCUGCAGCUGAAGCAAGACCUGACCAGUAUCAUUCUUAUGUCUGAGGGAGAACUACAGUCUUUAGUCGAUGCGCCAUGCUCUGAAUUAGCCUCUGCUUUGGGGUUCCAAGAGAAGAAGACCAUAGAACUUCAGGAGACGCUGCAGAGGGUUCUGGAUCGCAAAGAGGAGGAGAGGCAGUCCAAACAGCUGCUCCAGCUGUACCUCAAAGCUGUGGAGAAAGAGGACAGACAGGAAGCUGUUGGAGAUGUGGAUUCACCCGACGGGAUGGAAGUGGAUUCUGCAUCUGGGUUCAUGUCCAGGACGCUGAUGGUCCUUAAAGGCAAAACCAGUCCAGAGACGAGACUGUCCACCGAGGAUUUACAGGUGGUGGUGAGCAGAGGGCUGGAGGCCAUGCAGCAGGUGCUGGGCUGGGAUGCAGAGAGGACAUCCAUGCUGAUGCAGGCCUGCCAAGCUGAACUGUCCAAGCGCCUGCAGCAGGUUCAGGCCAUGCAGUCUAUUAGCAGCACACAGCAGGAUGGCAGCAGACAGAGGGAGGGUGCAGGAAUGGCCACCCAAGGAAGCAGCUAGACGAGGAUGUACCUGAGCAGGGACUGAUAAGGAUUCACACUAACCUGCCUCAGGAUCAAGAGGAUGGGCUUUGCUCUGUUUUGCUGUUUUUUACUACUAGAAUACAUGAAUGUUAAAAACUGUGGAUUUCUGUGUCUUUGUUGAGAAAUCUGCAAAGCACUGAAGUGGUUUAUGCCUGCGGAACAAUUUUGGCUUUUUUUGCACAAAUGUGUUAGGAUUUUUUUGGUGUUUUUAUUUGGAUGGGUGUUGGGCUGGAUGAUGGAGAAUCACAUCCUUUGGAAUAUUAACAAACCAUCACCCAGCAUGAUGUAACCCCAGACUGGUACGGCUUUUUUUUUUUUUCUUUUGGAAGUUAACAAACAUCACCCAAUUCCUGUCAAGUAUCGAGAGCCAAAUUUGCCACAAUCCAGUAAAUACUUUAAAGCAUUCAUUUUCAUAUUUUAAAUUGUAACAAAAAUUGGUAAUGUAUGCAUGCACAGAUAAAUGUUAGAUAUAAUUAUGCAAAUAUGUAUAUUUUAUUACAUUCAUAAUUAAAGGUUUAAAUCCUCUAAAGUGAAAUGAUUUGUUAAAACUGUGUGUAAUUGUUGAAGUAUUUUAGUUAUUUCAAGUUGUGGUGUAAUGGCACAUGGUGAAAGAAUCUUUACAUGUGAGCAUUACUCGCUAAAGUGAGUGGGCGGGACUAAUACCUGUAAUUAAAAUGAUUGAUCUGCGGGGGGUUAACCAAUCUAACAUCAGGGUGUAUUUGAUUUGAUCAAGGACUCUGGCCAAAAAGGCUAUGAAAUAAUUAGAAAAAUACUAUAUAUAUACUAUACUACUAAAUACUAAAACAAUUAUAUAUGAUUAAAGCAUGCAACGUGCCAAGCUAUAAUUAAAUGGAUUUAAUACUUUACUUAUUAUAGUUUUUAUCUAAGUGUAAUACACAUAUAUGUUUGAUAAAUAUUUUUCUGGAUUCAGGCAAUUGAAGCUCUCAAUACUGGAACCAAAAAAAUUUAUUUUCUUAUUUUUUUUUUCCUUUCUGAUCUUCAUGUUUUCCACUAGAUGGCACUGUAAUGGGUUCCUGCAAGGUUAUAAAGAAAACUGAUUUGACCAGUUUCUCCACACUAGCUCUUAAAUUACAUGAGAGACAAGACUUUUAGUCAUUCAUUUUUUGUUUUUCUUUUACUCUAAGCAUUUCAGUGUCUUUUGCAUGCUUAGGCAAUUAAAAUUGAACCGUUAUUGUAACGUCUUUAACAACCAGCUCCUCUAACAUUGGGGGGGAAAGUGUAUACAUAACAUGUUUGGCUUAAAAACAGGGAUUUUGAUAGCUGAUUAUGGUUGCUGCACACUGUUUUGGUAAAGAAUACUGUCGUUAUCUGAGGUAAAAAAUCAACUUAAAUUUACCUUAUCAAAUCUAAGCAAGUUACAUAAUGUAUUACAUUGGCCUGAAUUCAUUUUGCUAUCCAUGCUUGUCUUAUAUUUAAAUAUGUUUUAGUUUUUGCACUCUUGCAGAAAAUGAUGGUUUCUAUUAAAGGAAAAUUCUAGAAACUAUUUUUUAUUUUAUGUGCUCUGGCCUCUGUGUUCAUUUUUCUAUAUUGAGUUAGACUGGAUAAAUCCUUAACUGGUGAGUUUUAUUUAUUUUUUCUCAAAGUCAAUUAAACUCUCUGUUCUCUAGGUCAGUGUAGCUUCUUACUUGGUUGCCAUUUGUUUAACUAUUAUUAACGUUCACAUUCCAUUUUUAAGGGUGAAUUCGUCCAAAUUGGUCAAAGGUGUCCUUUGUAGAUAUUAGCACAUCCAUCAAUACUUGAAGAUGUGCUUCAUGUUUCAAUAGGUAAAACGUUUUAACAGAGAUAUGACAUUGGAUUAGCAGGAGCAGCCCUUAUUAAAGCAAAACUUCACAUCAUUUAGUUUCUUAGGAUAAUCGUGCAACAUAUUGACAUUUUUUAUCAAUCAGUGGCAAUUUGCUACAUAAAAACUCUUAUAAAAAUGUUUAGUUUUCAUAGAAUAGAAUAGAUAUUGCAGAAAUAGAUUUUUUUCAUAUUAGAUAAAUGUCAAACGGAGCCAAUCGCCUGAGCAGACUUGAACAACACUGUCAGAAACCGGUAAAACUAGCAGAUUUGCAUCUUCUAUGUGUUCUCUGAAUGAUUUGAGUCUGUCUUAUAUACAAGCCUGAUGUGAUGGAUUUGUGAUGUAAGACUGUGUGCAUCUCCGCGUGACAUGAACACGAGAUGGAUUUCCUGCGGCCCGUUUCCUCCUCCGUCUCUGUAACACUGAGUAAAAACAAUGGACUCAAACAUUUGUUAUAAAGAAAGAGGUGCUCCAUUCAUUACUGUGUUGUAAUCAGUGAGUGUUAUGUCUUUGAUAAAACAUUUGAGCCUCGGCGUGUUACAGCCUGUUGUUUUUUAUCAAUAGGUCUGAAGCUUGAUUGUUUUUUGUCAUUUUAUUUUAGAAUACACCAAAGCGUUAUGGUGUAAUGUCUGUAUACUGAUGUUUUCAUGGUAAAUAAAAUGUAUUUCCAGU